AUGGGAAACUGCUGUGAGUAAUAGGAAGUUUUAAAAAGACUGAUUAAAUACGACUGACUCAGGUUCGCGGAAAAAAGACAGGAAAGGAGCCGAUGGCUCGAGAGAGAAGCCGGGCAGGUUGUUCCAUUCUGCGACGGCGCAGACGGUGGAAGACCAUUUGUACAAGGUUGUCCUUGGUUCUUUCCUGCGAACGAAGAGGAAAAAGACGUCAAAGCAUGCUUUUCAGAUAAUUCAUGAUGUUCACGGAUUCAGUUUACAUGAUAUGGGUUUGGUUGGUCAACAACACUCCACCCAAAAUUAUCUCGCGAGUUCAGCAAAGGUAAGAUAUUCAUACCACAACGCUGAGUCAUCCAGCGAGGGUAGUUUUACUGACGCUUCGAGUCUUCAAACACCUCCUCACAUCACAUUAAAGGAUUUUGAGCGGAAUAGCGUUUGGUGAACUUGAGAUGUCCUAGGUACCAACAAAAUGCGGUCGAAUUUCGCUCCUUCAGUGCAACGACAUCUUCCUAGGUCAGAGCACAGGCGGUAAUUUUCCAGAGUUCUUCUCAAAAGGUCGAAAUGCUUUCAGUUAACAAGUCUAAGACGAAGCUGCAGCCAACGAACACACUUCAAAUCAUAACUGUCGAAGAUUACGUCGACGACUUUUACCUUCAGAUGAGUGUGUUCUCGCCGAAUUUGACUUGAAUAAUAUAAUAUUAAAUGCAGUGGCCCCAGCAGUACAGGAAGAAGAGGAAAAAAAAGAAGAGAGCGACGAUAAAAAUCAGGUGGAUUUUCGUUUUAAGUUCUAGGAAAAUUCAUCAAAAUAUUCCAGGAGUUGAAAGCUAAUCCGACGAAAAAUUUAACCGCGGAACCAACUCCUCUUUCAUCCCCAGAAAGGGUAUAGUUUCUGUAUCAAAAAUAACUCAAAGAUUUGCUUCAGCUCAAAGUUAUGAAAAAAACAGAAAAGAAAAUAAUUAAAAGCUGUCAAGGUUUGCUAGAGAAGCCCUCCAUCAUUAGCCUCAAACGUGGUUUUCAGGUAAAGAAAGUGCAAAGGAAGCGAGUAGCGGAAGGAAAAGUCAAUCCCAGAAAGGUAAAUCCCAGAAAGGCAAAUCCCAGAAAGGCAAAUCACAGAAAGGUACAUUUUGUUUCAUACCUCCUCUAAUCCCAGACUCUCAGGCGGACCGCCGGCAGAAGAAGGGCUCGAUAAAACUCAAGGAAGUGAGGCUUAA